AUGGGUUUUUCCUCUCUCCACGUCCGCAUGGACUCAUCAGAUCACUGGCUGCAGGGCACAAUUCACGAGGAGUGUGGGGUAGAUUCUUCUUCACCAUCUGGCGACAUGCUUCCAUGCUCGAGACCAAUGACAGAGAGGAGGCUAAGACCCCCACAAGAGCAAGCCAUCAAGUGCCCUAGGUGUGAAUCGACACAUACCAAGUUCUGCUACUACAACAACUACAGUCUCUCCCAGCCCAGGUAUUUCUGCAAGACAUGUAGAAGGUACUGGACCAAAGGAGGCACUCUUAGAAACAUUCCUGUUGGAGGUGGUUGCAGAAAGAACAAGAAAGUUUCUACCAAGAAACACAAUGACCACCAACCAGCUAUUAAUCAAAACCAAACUCACUCUGCAGGACCCUCUCAUCUUCAUAAUCACAAAGAUCUUCAACAUCCCUUCCUAGAUGUGCAAUUUUCCCACCUCAACAAUUUACUUGGGACUAAUGCUGGGGUACUGGGAAACCCUAAUUUCAUGGAGGGUAAGUAUAACACCGGAAUGCUUGAGAACCCUAGGCCUAUUGACUUCAUGGACAGUGGGUUGGAUGGUAUGCAUAUGAUCAGGGGUUCUACUAGGAGUUUUGAUCUUCUUGAAAACAAUGAUAUGAGUGUGGGUAGUGGUGUUGAGCUUGGUGAUAAGAGUGGCUACAAUGGAUUGCCAUUGAAUUAUCAAGGUCUUUCUUCUGCAGCAUUUGGAGGCAUUUCCCUUGAUGGAAGCAUUAGCAAUGUUGGAACAUAUAUGAUGGACUCUUGCCAGCGACUUAUGUUGCCCUAUGAUGGAGGUGAUAACAUCCUUAACGUUUCAAUUGAUGUGAAGCCAAACCCAAAGCUAUUGUCCCUUGAAUGGCAAGAUCAAGGUUGCUUUGAUGCUGAAAAAGUGUCAUUGGGAUAUCUUAACGGUUCAGGAUCAUGGGCCGGCUAUGGAUCUUCCACAACAAACCAUUUGGUUUAG